CAAAUUUGAACGGCCGCAGGAGGCCGACUCUGACACUGGAGGCUGAGGGGGUAGAGGAGAGGAGUUUGGGAGAGUCCUCCCCGCCCCGGCCUUCUGGUUUUCUCCAAGUGACACACCGAACCGAAACUCACUUUUCUUUUUCUGAAUUUGAACCACCGUUUCCGUCGUCUCGCAACCGACAGGAGAAGCCCGGGGCGAUGGACCCGUUUACGGAGAAACUGCUGGAACGAACCCGUGCCAGGCGAGAGAACCUCCAGAGAAAGAUGGCCGAAAGGCCCACGGCAGCCGCAAGGUCCAUGACUCAUGCUAAGAGAGCCAGAGAGCCACUUUCGGAAGCAAGUAACCAACAACCCCUACCUGGUAGUGAAGAGAAAUCUUGUACAAAACCAUCACCAUCAAAGAAACGCUGUUCUGACACCACCGAAGUAGUAGAAGUUUCUAACUUGGAAAAUGAAAAACCAGUUGAGUCCGCUUCUGCAAAACCCUGUCCUCCAAGUCCUCCAGCUCCCCAGGCGCAGCCUCAAGCACCUGCUCCUGUCAGUGCUUCGGAGGCGACCCCAGCCCCGGUGCCCAGAGUGAGGAGGGGGCUCAACUCGAGAUUGGAAUCAACUGCAGGGUCCUCAGUGAAAACACGAAUGCAAAAGCUGGCAGAGCAGCGGCGCCAUUGGGAUAAUAAUGAUCUGACAGAUGAUAUCCCUGAGAGCUCAGUCAUCUCCCCAAUGCCAUCAGAGGAAAAGGCUGCCUCCCCUCCCAAACCAGCCCUCUCCGAUGCCUCGGCAACUCCAGUUGGAAGAAGGGGCCGUCUGGCCAACCUUGCAGCAACUAUUUGCUCGUGGGAAGAUGAUGUAAAUUACUCAUCUGCAAAGCAACACAGUGCACAAGAACAGCCUGGUACCACUUGUUUAUCCAAAUUUUCCUCUGCAAGUGGAGCAUCUGCUAGGAUCAAUAGCAGCAGUGUUAAGCAGGAAGCUACAUGCUGUUCCCAAAGGGAUGGCGAGGCCUCUUUGAAUAAAGCUCCAUCCUCGAGUGCUGUGGGUGUAUCUCUGAAUAAUGCUGCAAUUUCCAGCUCUGUGAAAGCUGCUUCUUCCCCAGUGAAAUCUUCUACUACAGCCAUUACUGAUGCUAAAAAUUGUAAGGGACAAAAUCCUGAGCUACUUCAGAAAACUCCUGUAAGUCCCCUGAAAACAGAGAUAUCGAAACCAAUUGAAAAGUCAACUGUGUCCCAGUCAUUUCGGCCCAAAGAAGAAUUAAAUAGAGAAACUUGUCGGCAGUCUCAGUCUAAAGACAAAGCAGCAACAUCAGGAGGAGCAGGAAUUAAGCCUUUCCUGGAACGCUUUGGGGAGCGUUGUCAAGAACACAGCAAACAAAGUCCCGCUCGGAGUACACCCCACAGAACCCCCGUUAUCACUCCAAAUACAAGGGCCAUCCAGGAAAGAUUAUUCCAGCAAAAUACAUCUUCAUCUACUACUCAUUUAGCACAACAGCUCAAGCAGGAACGUGAGAAAGAACUAGCAUGUCUUCGUGGCCGAUUUGACAAGGGCAAUUUAUGGAGUGCAGAAAAAGGCGAAACUUCAAGAAGCAAACAACUAGAAACCAAACAGGAAAUUCACUGUCAGAACACCCCCCUCAAAAAACAUCCAGCUGUUUCAAACACCCCAUCGCUUCCAGUAACAGAAAAGGUGACAGAAAAUCAGACACCGGGAAAACCUUCCAACACAGAACCUACAGGCUUCACUGAAUGUGAAAUGACGAAGUCUAGCCCUUUGAAAAUCACAUUGUUUUUAGAAGAGGAUAAGUCUUUAAAAGUAACAUCAGAGCGAAAGGUCGAGCAGCAGACUGAAGUGGUACGUGAAACUGAGAUGAGUGUGGAUGAUGAUGAUGAUAUCAAUAGUUCAAAAGUAAUUAAUGACAUCUUCAGUGAUGUCCUGGUGGAAGGUGAGCUAGAUAUGGAAAAGAGCGAAGAGGAGAUGGACCAUGAAGAACAGGAAGACGCACUGAAUAUCUCCUCCAUGUCUUUACUCGCUCCAUUAGCACAGACAGUUGGUGUGGUAAGUCCAGAGAGUUUGGUUUCCUCACCGAGAUUGGAAUUGAAAGAUAGCAGUGUAAGUGAUGAAAGUCCGAAGCCGGGAAAAUUCCAGAGAACCCGUGUCCCUCGAGCUGAGUCAGGUGAUAGCAUUGGUUCUGAAGAUCGUGAUCUUCUUUAUAGCAUUGAUGCAUACAGAUCUCAAAGAUUCAAAGAAACAGAACGUCCUUCAAUAAAGCAGGUGAUUGUUCGGAAGGAAGAUGUUACUUCCAAGUUAGAUGAGAAAAAGAAUGGCUUUCCUGGUCAAGUUAAUAUCAAACAGAAAAUGCAGGAACUCAAUAAUGAAAUAAAUUUGCAGCAGACAGUCAUCUAUCAAGCUAGCCAGGCCCUUAACUGUUGUGUUGACGAAGAUCAUGGAAAAGGGUCACUAGAAGAAGCUGAAGCAGAGAGACUUCUCCUCAUUGCAACUGAGAAGAGAGCCCUUUUGAUUGAUGAGUUGAAUAAAUUGAAGAAUGAAGGGCCUCAGAAGAAGAAUAAAGCUGGUCCCAUUGCCCCAAGUGAAUUUGUCCCAUCCAAAGGAUCAGUUACUUUGUCAGAAAUCCGCUUGCCUCUAAAAGCAGAUUUCGUCUGUGGUACGGUUCAGAAACCAGAUGCAGCAAAUUACUAUUUCUUAAUUAUACUAAAAGCAGGACCUGAAAAUAUGGUAGCCACACCAUUAGCAUGUACUUCAAAUUCUCUUAAUGGUGAUGCUCUGACAUUCACUACUACAUUUACUCUACAAGAUGUGUCCAAUGACUUUGAAAUAAAUAUUGAAGUUUACAGCUUGGUACAAAAGAAAGAUCUCUCAGGCCCUGAUAAGAAGAAAAAGGCAUAUAAGUCCAAGGCGAUUACUCCAAAACGACUUCUCACAUCUAUAACCACAAAAAGCAGCCUUCAUUCUUCAGUCAUGGCCAGUCCAGGAGGUCUCAAUGCUGUGCGCACCAGCAACUUUGCCUUGGUUGGAUCUUACACGCUGUCAUUGUCUUCAGUAGGAAACACUAAAUUUGCUCUGGACAAGAUAAAUUAUGAUGUAAAAGAGCGAGAACUACUGGGCUAUAUGUUCCAGGAAAAGGUUCCCUUUUUAUCUCCUUUGGAAGGUCAUAUUUAUUUAAAAAUAAAAUGUCAAGUGAAUUCAAGUGUUGAAGAAAGAGGUUUCCUGACCAUAUUUGAAGAUGUUAGUGGUUUUGGUGCCUGGCAUCGAAGAUGGUGUGUUCUUUCUGGAAAUUGUAUCUCUUAUUGGACUUAUCCAGAUGAUGAGAAACGAAAGAAUCCCAUAGGAAGGAUAAAUCUGGCCAAUUGUACAAGCCAUCAAAUAGAACCAGCCAACAGAGAAUUUUGUGCAAGACGCAAUACAUUUGAAUUAAUUACUGUCCGACCACAGAGAGAAGAUGACCGAGAGACUCUUGUCAGCCAAUGCAGGGACACACUCUGUGUCACCAAGAACUGGCUGUCUGCAGAUACCAAGGAAGAGCGGGAUCUCUGGAUGCAAAAACUCAAUCAAAUUCUUGUUGAUAUUCGCCUCUGGCAACCUGAUGCUUGCUACAAACCCAUUGGGAAGCCUUAGACUGAGGGCAGUUUCCAGGCCUUGUAGAGGUUUUUUUGAGCUGUGUCAUAAAUGUAUCUUAAGAGCAUCAGAUUUGCUGAUUGCAUUUUAUGCUUUAAAUACAAAAGGGUAUGUGCCAAUAUUCACUACAUAUAAUGCAGUAUUUGUAUCUUUUGUAUGUAAGAUUUCAACUGGUUUCUGUCAUUCAUAAAUGAUUGGAGGAAAAUUCAUUAUAGUCAGUUUUGCUAAAUCUUAAUUUAAAGGCCUCAUUUUCCUAGAAAUCUAAUUAUUCAGUUAUUCAUGACAAAGUAUUUUUUUAAAUGUAAGGAAUUUUGAGUUGUCUUCUUGGAGCUGUGGGUCUCAAAGUAAAAAGCUCUUCUAGGGGUUGGAAGCAGAAACCUCCGACUUGGUCGUCCUUUCCCUGUCCUCAGUACGUCUUUCUAAAGUUUGUGAUCGUUUAUUGAUCAUGGUAUGUCUUGUUAGUAGAAUACUGAAAAAACUUCCAAGGGACUUCACAGAAACAUUUUUAGUAAUGGAGGUAAGAAUUUUUAAUAACCGGUGCACAUUAGUGUAAAGUUUGAGGCUAUCUUCAGACAAGAGAUGUGGGUAAUGGGAUAUUAUGUGAGAUUUGGGGGUUAGUUUUCUUUAGAAGAGUUAAUAAUCACAUGGUUUACAUUUACCCAGUUUCUACAGAUGCUGUGUGGUGCACAUUUUCAUAGAGUACAGGCUUUUUAAAAUAAUUAUUUUUGCUAUCUAAGACUCCGCUUGGCAUAUCAGUACUUUCUGCUCCUGUAACAAGAAUAAAUGUAAAUUGAGGAGUCUUUGUAUAAAAGUAAACUCUACCAAGCUGCUACGGACUAAUACUUUGCUUGCCAAAGUUCUUGUCUUUUUUUUUCUUGUCCAUGUAUGACAGUGUCUAGGAGUACAUUAUGAAAUCUUUUGAAAAAUUUGUCAUGCAUUACCUUUGAAAGCCUAAUACUUUUUUAUUGCAAAGUAUUAUAAGGCAUGGUCACAACUUUUAAAUACACUUUGAGUUUCUUUUCUGAAUUGUUAAAGUUAUCGAUGAUCUCAUUUAUAAACACUAAAUUCUGUCACUUCCUGUCAUUUAAUUUUGUAUUCAUUCAAAUGUGUUUUUUGUUAUGUUAUUUUAAAAAUAUAUUUUAUGAUCUCUUACCCAAAUAAAUGCUUGCAAAAGACUUAAGGAAUUAUUCACAAAAUGCUA